AGUGGAUCGAUCGAAAUGGCAGAGCAGAGACAUGCGGGUGAUGGAUCACAGAGAGAAUAUUCAGAUGUCUGUACAGCUGCACAGAAUUUAAUAGGUCUUCUGACCCAAAGCCUUGGUCAGAUUCAGUCAGCUCAGGGUCAGCAGCAGCAGCCACAACAACGACAGCAGCCUCCUGCUAUUUCUCAGCCUCGAAUAGAGCAGGAUAUGGCCAGAUCUUUUCCUGGGAUGUUUAAAAAAUCAAAGAAGAAAACUCCAAAUCCACAAAUACAUGUGAAAGCCACACCUUGGAAACCAUUUGCUGUUUCCAUAUAUUUAAUGAGCAGCAACACUGACACCUCACCCACACCUUCUGAAGAGCUUGAACUACUCCAGGCCGGACUAGGAAAACGGGUGAUUACAAUUUCAUCCAAUGUGAACCAUUCGGAUUUAUGCAAGCUCCUUGAAGCUGAAUUUCCAAAGAUGAAGUCACUUACUGGAGGGUGGUUACUUUAUAAGGCACCAGGUGGGAAUGGAAGAAGAAAGCUUACUGUUGUCCCUCCAGACUCAGAGGGUUAUACAGGCAGCCUUCUCAAAAUGGCUACCACCGCUGGAAGAACAGCACUGUAUAUGGUCCCUCUUCAAGAUGAGUUAUGUCUUGAUCCACUGCCAUUCUCAGCAGAAGAGUUUGCGAAGAUGCCAAAGGUUGAGUGUCGUACUUGUAAAACCACAAUGCCACUACCAGUUUUGUACUUGCAUGUUAAAUCUUGUGGUGGCUGCACACAGUCAGCUAAUGAUGAGACUACUGAAGAUGAUGAUGAUGAUGUAAAAGUAGUUGGUGAGAUUACCAGAGCAGUUACCCCUACAGCCCCAGCUUCUACACCUACACCCACCACUUCAAUACAAACUUGUUCUCCUACACCCACCACAAGUUUUGAGUAUAUUACAGACACUGGAUUAUGAGAGCAGUCCUCCGUGUGGCACACCAGUACAGCAACACCAAGGCCCAGACAUGAAAUGUCCAGAUGAUGUAUUGCGUUUGUUGGCAAGAAGGGUAGAUGACAGCAAGGAUUUCAAGAUCUGUGUUUCUCGAACUGACUUCUAUCAAAGAGCUAUGGUGCAGUGGCAAAGACAAAAGAGAGGAACCCCGGGCAAUACU